UGGAAGACAAGUCACCUAAUCGUCCCUUUUCGUAUUCUUCUCGAAUCUAUUACUGCAGCACAAGAGAAAGGAAAGUGAAAGUAAAAAAAAGAAAAAGAAAAUGGGGAUAUGGGACUUGAUUUCAUGGUCAACCGACUCAGUGAGGGGCCUUUGGCAGAGCUCUUGCGGUCAUGGUUCCACAGUGAUCACAAAGGGAAAGGAGGUAUCAGUUGAUGCACUGCAAAAGGUGAACCAUCAUGGUUCCGCAGCCAUCAGCAAGGGCAAGGAGAUGUCGUGUACUGCACUGGAAAAGAUGAACCAUCACCUGUCUGACCCUGAAACCCGGUCAAAGAUCUCAAGGGUAGCUACCGAUAUUGCCAAGAAUGCUACCGUUGAGGGCCUUAAAACCAUCCCUGGUGCAUAUCCAACAUACAAAAAUUGUAUCAAAGUCAUAAGUGAUGAUGAUCAGAAGUUCAAAAGUGAGAACAAGUCCAAGAAACAGGAAGAAGCUUUGAAGGCAUUGCAAGCUACAGUAAGCAAACUGGAGAAAGAAGUCGAUGUUCUGCGCGAGCAAGCAGCGAGACAAGCUGUAAAGACAAAGCCUCGAAACACAGUUCAAGCUUCUGAGAAACCAGAAGAUGAGAUGCAAUUCCAUUGGUUCAUCCUUGACCAUUUCUAGAGGAUGAAGGAAGAAUGUCAAGUAUGAUCUGUACUUCAUUGAUCAUUUUGUGUGAAAAUGUUCUUGUUUCCAACCUUUUUGUUCAAAUUACAAGAUAUGUUUUAUGCUGUAUGAACUAUGUCAAGGAUGACAAUGAUUGUGAAUGUAUCAUUCAAGUUUAGGCAAAAAAAGAGGAAGUGUUUCAAGUUCAGAGUUUAAUCUUAAAGGAUACAUUAAAAUAACUUUCACAGAUUCCUGUUCUUUUUUACCAAAUACUAUCACAUUCUUCAAUGUUUGAGUUGAGCUUUCUUUUCUAGAUCGCGUUAGCAAAGUCCAAACAAUCGUCACAAGUCAACUAAUUUCCCAAACUUGAAAAUUGACAGUUUCAAUCAAUGAAAUUUAAUAAAAUUCACCCCAUUGUGCAUAUAAUAAAAGGCAUUUCACUUCUAAGAACUGUUCGACUGCAUUAAUCUGCUAGAAAUUUUAGCAUUUUGCAGCAUAAUAUGUUUGUUUUUACUGUGAUAUUUUCAUGACUAGUUUCCCUCUUCGAGGUCGCGCAAAAUUUGCUGAAUGCCAGCUCUUGUGGGUGCUUGCUUGAGCAGAUAGAGUAAAAUUGCAUGAACCAGUAUGUUACAACCUAUGCUUGGGCUCUUCCUUUUUAAUGACCCGUAUGUUUAAGUAAUAGAUCUUCCAAGGACCUCUAAAUACAUGGAAAUCUUCGAAAAAGUAAAAGCAUCUGUAUCCAACACUCACCCGAAUAGCAUAAGUUCCAAAUGCUUUUGACUGCUGAAGGUAUGGUUUCAUUUUUGUUAAGAAGCAUGAUGAUUAUCCACCAACAGUUUCCAAACCUAAUUGAUCCUUUUGGUUUCUCUAGUUGCAAUUCAUGUAUCUUGCAUCUGAUACUUUGCCUCAAUGAAUUCUAAUGUGCUACAUUCUUAGCUUUUCUUGCAAAAGAAGAAAAGCUUUUAGCAGGAAUCUUCAUAUAUCUUUGCACUUCUCUCAUUUCGACUUGUUUUUGUUUCCUGGUGUUUUCCUCUGCAAACAAUUUGAAGCAUUAGCCAGAGGUAACAGGUACUUACAAUUCUUCUAAAAUUUUGCUUAUAGAUCUACGCUAGGAAAAGAAAUGAACAUAUUCGUUUAAGGCACUAAUACUAUGUUAUCAGUAUCUUUACAACUGCUUUUAGUAGCAUAUGUGAAGAUGUCUAUUUCAUGAGAACCUGGACUCGAAGGCGAUUAUGUUUUAACUUCUUUUUCCAAGUGGUUUUUUUUUCUUUUUAUGUAUUUGAAGAAUCAUGUCUAUGUCAAAUAUUUGUUGAACGUAAUUCCGAUACAGGUACUUUAAAGAAAACGAAAUGUUUGGGUAAUAUAACUUGGUUAUCCUCUUUCUCCAGUCAAAUGAAAAUGUAAUUGCAAUAUUUUUAUUCAAUGAUAUGCUAGACUUGGAAUGAAAUUCGAUUAGAAUGCCACAGCAUUUAACUACUACUACAGCAAUUAGUAAGGAUUUCUUUUCUAUUCUUUUCUUUUCAGCAAUUUAUAUUAUACGUGUAUGUAUAUAUGCAUGUUUGUAUAUACUAUGUUGCUUCAGUUUUUCAUUUAUCUUGAAGUACCAAUCUCCGACAUUCAUCUUCGAUGCAUGUCAAGAUAUGAGUAUAACCCUCCAAGUACCAUCCAAAUACAUGAAAAGAUAAUUUAGAAAUAAGUGAACAUAGACCUAUUCGCGUAUCUGACACUCACACCUGUAUAGAGGAAUGUAUGCAUUGGUGCAGAAAGAUAUGAAUGUAACGCUUGUCUGUUCAUUAUCAAAAUCUUUUAAAUAUAAUUAUCUAUGUAUGUUCAACUUAGAGCCAUAUUCAUAAACUUUGAAUAUUAAGGAAAAACCUAGCAUAGAUUUGGUUAAUUUUAGUACAUUUUCGAUCUUUUUAGUUUUGAAAAGCUACUUUCUGAGCUACGAUUUACUUUCUGUUGGAUUCAGGUAUUUACCAGAUACUUGCCAAUGGCUUCUUCGUUCAAUUUCGUUAUUGGAAGUGCAAAGUUUAUAUUUGCCCCCAUUGAAAGAUGUUUGAACUGUAAAAGAAAUUUUGAUGAAAAUAUGAAGGUUCUGCAAAAACUGUUGAAAGAGCUGAACACCGUUAAGGAAGUUAUUGAACUAAGACUAAGUGCAGAGAUUCAUGGUGGGACAAUGCAAACAGAAGAAGUGAAGAACUGGUUGGAUGAUGUUCAGAGGAUCAAAACCGAAAUCGAAAUCAUCGAACGUAAGGCCAAAGAAAAGAAGUUCCUUUCACGGGUGUUUCUUGGAAAAAUGGUUGAGGAAAAGGUCGUCGAACUCAAGGCAUUUCUAAGGAAAGGCAAAGCAUUUCUUGGCAUGGUUAAGUCCUUCAAGUACAUAAUUGUUGGUGGGGGAGUUGCAGCUGGGUAUGCAGCUAGGGAGUUUGAUAGGCAAGGCCUUAAACCAGGGCAGUUGGCGAUUAUUUCGAAAGAGGCAGUGGCGCCUUAUGAACGUCCUACUUUGAGCAAGGGAUAUCUGAAUCCGAAUCCAAAGGCUGCUGCUAGACUGCCUGAAUUCCAUGUCUGUGUUGGAAGUGGAGGUGACAGAUUACUUCCUGAUUGGUACAAAGAAAAAGGAAUCCAAUUGAUCCUUGGAACCGAAAUAGUCAAAGUAAAUCUUGCUUUGAAGACUCUCGUAAGUGCUGCUGGAGAAAUCUUUAAGUUUCAGACAUUGAUAAUUGCAACAGGCUCCACUGUAAUAAGGUUGACAGAUUUCCAGGUAGAAGGAGCUGAUGCCAAGAACAUCUUCUAUCUGAGAGAACUCGAAGAUGCUGAUAAGCUUGUUGAAUCUAUUAAAAUGAAGAAAUAUGGAAAAGCUGUUAUUAUUGGAGGAGGAUACAUCGGUCUUGAAGUUGCAGCAGCCAUGAGCAUCAACGAUUUUGAUGUCACCAUGGUUUACCCCGACCCUUGGUGCAUGCCUAGGCUUUUCACCCCAACCAUGGCUGCAUUCUAUGAAAGUUACUAUGAAAAUAAAGGGAUCAAAAUCAUCAAAGGAACAGUGUCAGUUGGCUUCAAUGCUAAUGCAAAUGGGGAAGUUAAGGGAGUGAAACUCAAGGAUGGCAGGGUGCUUGAAGCCGACAUUGUUGUUGUCGGUGUUGGGGCAAGACCGCUGACAGCAUUAUUCAAAGGACAGCUUGAAGAAGACAAAGGUGGAAUUAAAACCGAUGGAUUCUUCAAAACAAGCAUGCCUGGCGUAUAUGCAGUAGGAGACGUGGCCACUUUCCCUAUUAAAUUAUACAAUGAAAUGAGGAGAGUCGAACAUGUUGACCAUGCCCGGAAAUCAGCCGAGCACGCUGUGAAGGCUAUCAAAGCAAAUGAAACAGGUAAAGAACUUGAAGAAUAUGAUUAUCUUCCAUACUUCUACUCUCGAACCUUCGAACUUUCAUGGCAGUUCUAUGGAGACAAUGUUGGCGAAACUUUGUUUUUCAGAGACGACAAUCCAUUAUCACCGAAGCCAAAAUUUGGGUCUUACUGGAUCAAAGAUGGAAAGAUUGUUGGAGCUUUCCUUGAAGGUGGGACACCUGAAGAAAACAAGGCUAUUGCAAAAGUUUCAAGACUCAAUCCUCCAGUUGAGAACUUAGAUCAACUUAAAAAGGAAGGGCUUUCAUUUGCCAGCAAGUUUUAAAAUGUUUAUGAAUCACUUUAAUGGGACAAAAUUCAAAGAUCGUCAUUGUAAUUUGACCUAUAUACAGUUCAUGGCUUGUAUUUACAUUUGCUUGUUUAAUAUUUGAAUGUCAUUGAUUGAUUGCUUCAA